UGACAUGUGUGAAGGUUUUUGUCUUAAAAUGUCUUUUAGUCACAAUUAUAGAGUUUUAUGUUCUUUAUCGGUUGUUUGUGCUCUGCAGAUGAUGUUUUCUCUCAAAUGAAAGGGGAUGUGGCGAUUAGUGGAUGUUGCUGUUAUUGUCCUCUAGAUGGCAGUAGUUCUGAGCACACAGUAAGCAGAGGCAUUAUCCGAGUAAAAGCUUCAGCUUCUUCUGCCAGACUGUUUAUCUGACGGACACUUGUCUCAACUGUAAAUUCCUCUACAAAAGCGAUCAGCAACGCUAAUAUUUCAGCUGCUAUUUUAUAUGCAAACAGGCUUGAUGGAGGAGACCCAGUAUCAUGUCAAAACAAGGGAAACUCACUCACCGAAGAGAAAAGACAGAAAAUGUGCCACCUGCCCUCAGUGUGGAAAGAGGCUGGCGCACAAAGACAGUCUCAAGAAUCACAUGAGGAUCCACACCGGAGAGAAACCAUUCACAUGUACUCAGUGUGGGAAGAGUCUGGCAAACAAACAGAGUUUCAGGAGUCACAUGAGGAUCCACACUGGGGAAAAGCCAUUCACAUGUUCUCAGUGUGGGACGAGUUUCAGACAACUAGGAAACCUUAGUAGACACAUGAUAAUCCACACUGGAGAGAAAACACACCAAUGUGAUCAGUGUGGGAAAACAUUUCUGUUGGCUUCAGCGCUGAAGGUUCAUCUUAGAGUUCAUACAAAGGAGAGGCCUUAUUCGUGCUCUGUGUGUGGAAAGAGUUUCUCACAUCAAGAUAGUUUAAGAAGACAUGAGAAGAUCCACACCGGUGUGAGGGAGUACAUGUGCUUUGAGUGUGAGAAGACCUUUUGUACGGCUGAAGAAUUGAAAUCACAUGAGAGGAUUCACACUGGAGAGAAACCUUACAUUUGUUCGCUGUGCAAUAAGAGAUUCAGUCUGUCAGGACAUCUGACAACACACCAAAGGAUUCACACUGGAGAAAAACCCUACAAGUGUUCACUCUGCAACAAGAAGUUCAGUCUGUCAGCACAUCUGAAAAUACACCAGAGGAUUCACACUGGAGAGAAACCGUACAAGUGUUUACUCUGCGACAAGGGAUUCCAUUUUUCAGGACAACUAAAAAACCACGAGAGGAUUCACACUGGAGAGAAACCCUACAAGUGUUCACACUGCGACAAGAGAUUCAGUCAGUUAGGACAUCUAAACAUACACCAGAGGACUCACACUGGAGAGAAACCUUUCAUGUGUUCACACUGCGACAAGAGAUUCAGUCAGUUAGCACAUCUGAAAAUACAUGAGAGGAUUCACACUGGAGAGAAACCUUUCGCAUGAGAUCAGUUGUUGUAUCUUGAGGAACACAUGAAAAUCCACACGGUAAAGAAACGCCUACACAGCGUGAACUAAAGUAUGUGAAAAAUACUGUGUAACCAGACCUGCCAGUGACAUGAGAAUAUAUACCAGACAAUUAUACUACUGAUUGGUCGUUCUUAAACAAAUUGUUAAUUUGAACAGAUCUUUUAUAUUACUGGAGAACGAUGAGUCCUCUCGAGGAGUGAUUUGUCCAUUGUGCAGAUGAAGGAGAAGAUUAGUUCAUUUUUCAGGUCUUCUAUCAUGAAAGACAGAAGCCAAUCAUAUGCAGUCAGAGCCCGAAAAAGAUUUGAUCCAGUCAUCUUUCAAGUCUCGGUUUGCCAAUUUAAUGGAGCUUAAUACGCAUCACAGCAGCUUAUAUCCACAAUAAACGCAUCAGUUUGAGGUAAAAAUAUAUCAUAUAUUUGAUCAAAGUACUUUAAUAUUUCAGAAUGGUGUCUCUCAAAUGUCCGGUUCUCCCCAAAACAAAAGUUCAAGUUCAUUUAUUUAUAAAGCACAUUUAAAAACAGUCACAAGACUGACCAAAGUGCUGUACGUAAGACAAAGUAAAAUAAAGAGACAAAUGAUAAACACAUAAAAAUAAGCCAAGAGAAACGACUGAAUAAAUUUAAAGAUGAAGCAGUAGAAAACACUAAUAAAAUAAUAUUAAAAGGCCAAGCUGAAUGGGCAGUGUUAACAAAUUAGUGACUUUCUCGCUAUCUUUAGCGACUUUUCAGACCCCCUUAGCAACAAAUAAAAAAAAGUGACUAGCAACAAAUCUAGCGACUUUUUUGGAUGUUACUGGAGAUUUUUAAAGACUCUCAUUAGGGUUGGGUGAUGUCGACCAUUUUAGCAUUGUACGAUGUCUAAUGUAAAACAUCUAAACAUUUAACCUACACAUAAGCUUAUAUUAUUAUUGGGUAACACUUUAGUUUAGGUCACAAUUCAUGCUAUUAACUACUGACUUAUUACCUGCCUAAUAUUAAGAUAUUAACUGUUUAUUAGUAGUUAUAAAGUAUGAUUUUAUCCUGCAUCCCUGAUGCUACCUAAAACCUAAACCCAGCUUCUACCUUAUUAACUGCACCGUAAUACCCAACAGCCAACUUGAUCAAAUGAAAUGAGUGUAGUUAACUCAAAAUUUACUGAAAGUUAAUUCUACUCACUAGAUAAGAGUUUUGAACUCAGUGUUGAAGGUAAUGAGUUAAUUAAACACCUCAAUACUUCGACUUAAAUGGAGUAAGUUCACAGUACUUGUAUAGAUUAGUUUUUAACUUAAAUGGUUUGUAGCAAUCGGUGUCCUCAAACGGUUUGGGUUGCCUUAACUUGUUGGGUUUGACAGUACUCAGUUGGUUUGAGUUUUCUUCAUUUAUCAGGUUUUACUGUGCUCAAAUUGCUUUGUUUACUCAAAUGGAUGAAGUUCACAGUACUCAUAAGGAUUAGUUUUUGAACUUAAAGGGUUUGUUGCAAUCAGUUUCCUCAAAUGGUUUGAGUUACCUUAACUUUUUGGGUUUUACAGUGCAUUAAUAAGCAGCUAAUUGGUAGUUUAUUAAGCUA